CAAUGGCUGCAGUACGUAGCGGGGAGAGAGUGUUGGAAGUGUUUGGGGUGGUGAUAAUAGCGUUAUCAGUGCUAUGGUGGAAAACGGAGGGGCUGGUGAAGCUGCCGGAAAACGUGACGGUGCCGGCGGUGUUGGUGCUCGGAGAUUCCAUAAUGGACACGGGGAACAAUAACCAAAACCCUACGACGAUGGCUCGAUGCAAUUACAGGCCUUAUGGCAAAGAUUUUGAAGGUGGCGUCCCCACCGGCCGAUUCGGCAACGGAAAAGUUCCCUCCGAUCUCAUAGUGGAAGAAUUGGGAAUCAAGGAACUGCUGCCGGCAUAUUUGGAUCCGAAUCUCCGGCCCGAGGAUCUGCCCACCGGCGUCAACUUUGCAUCCGGCGGCACGGGAUACGAUCCUUUGACCCCCGAAUUAGCGUCAGCAAUAUCUUUGCCUGCUCAAGUAGAGUUGCUCCGACAAUACAAGGAGAAGUUAAAGGCAGUUGUUGGAGAAGAAAGAAGCGAUUUCAUCAUAUCGAACAGCCUCGUUUUCGUGGUAGCAGGAAGUAAUGAUAUUUCCAACACUUACUUCUUGUCUCGCGCCAGGCAAGUCCAAUACGAUGUUCCUGCUUACACGGACCUUAUGGCCACUUCUGCUUCUAACUUAGUAAAGGAUUUAUACGAAGCGGGGGUAAGAAGAGUGGGAGUGUUCAGUGCGCCGCCAAUAGGAUGUGUUCCAUCUCAGAGAACAUUAGCCGGAGGAGUAGAAAGAAAAUGCGUAGACACAUACAACAAGGCAGCGGAGUUAUUUAACUCUAAGCUCUCCAAAGAGAUGGCUUCCCUGAAUCGCCAAUUGCCCAGCAGCAGAAUUGUUUACAUUGAUGUUUACAGCCCUCUGCUUGAUGUAAUCCUCAACUACCAAAAAUAUGGGUUCAAGGUGGGGGACAAAGGAUGCUGUGGCACUGGCACAAUAGAGGUGACAGAGUUAUGCAAUCAUCUUACACCGACAUGCCCAGUUGAUUCAGAAUAUGUGUUCUGGGAUAGUUUUCAUCCAACUGAAGCUGCUUACAGAAAGCUCAUCCGUCCCAUUCUCAUUAAAUAUAUGGACCAAUUCUUCUGACACAAAUUCUCAGGAUAUAUUAAUAUUAGUAAUGCCCACACAAUCUUCAUUACUUAUAAUAGAUAUAGCAGAAGCAAAUCGUUAAAGAAGAUGAAUUGCUUCAGCAGCAAAAUGCAAAGAUCAGAUCAAUAAAAUCUUCAGUCAUUUGAGUCAUGGGGUGAUAGUUUUCAUUAUCAUAUCAUAGGAUACAUGACUUCAGUUGUCUCUAUAUUUGGUGUCCUCUUUCUGUUCAGUUGUUUAUCCUUAUUUGUCGAAAAUAUUAUUCAGCGUUAGUAUUAUUAAUUAGUCACCAGCACCAAGUGACCAUUAAAGCUAGCUAGGUGUGGGGCUCUCCUACAUAUAUGUAUUUCACAAAGUCUAAGGAAUGAAUAGAACUAUAGAUUUGAUAUAUUUUAUGUUAA